AUUGAUGUUUUUGGGCGGAACUUGAUUGGAUCUUCACGCAUAAGGCUGUCACUUAGCCUCGGAAACAUCUGCCGAGAGAUGCGGCAGCAGCACGUUUAGUGUUCCGCAGCGGAGACGGCAGCGUCCUGAUCAUGCAAGCUAAUCUGGGUGUUGAGAAUAUAUAAAACCCUUCGCUGCCAACAGUCUUUUGCUCUCCAAGGAACCGGCUUCCCUUGAAACAUACUUUCGUUCUACACUUCUCUCACUGAAUACCUUCGCUUUUACAACUCUUAAACAACCUUCUCAAGCAAAAUGAAGUUCUCUACGAGCCUUGCCCUCUUCGCCGCUGGCUGCGCCAGCGCCCACUACACCUUCCCCGCCCUUAUCGUCAACGACCAGGUCACCGAGGACUGGAAGUUCGUCCGCAUGACGAAGAACCACUACUCUCACGGCCCUGUCCAGGACGUUACCUCCCAGGACAUCCGCUGCUACGAGGACCCCUCUGCCAGCGCCGAGACCAAGGAGGUCAAGGCCGGUGACUCCGUCGGCUUCAAAGUCGACUCCAACCUCGGCCACCCCGGUGCGCUGCAGUUCUACAUGGCCAAGGCGCCCGAGGGCAAGACGGCCAAGGAGUUCAAGGGUGACGGCGACGUUUGGUUCAAGAUCUCCGGCCAGGGCCCCAAGAUCAACAACGGCGAGCUGUCGUGGCCUUCCGAUGGCGCCAGCCAGAUCAACGUCACCAUCCCCGAGUCCACUCCCAACGGCGAAUACCUCUUCCGUGGCGAGCACAUUGCCCUGCACGGUGCCCAGGAGGAGGGCGGCGCCCAGUUCUACAUCGCCUGCGCCCAGAUCAAGGUCACUGGCGGUGGCAACGGCUCCCCUUCGCCUACCGUCGCCCUGCCCGGUGCCUACAAGGCUUCCGACCCUGGCCUCAAGAUCAACAUCUACUACCCCGUUCCUACGAGCUACACCCUUCCCGGCCCUAAGGUCUGGUCCGGUUAAGCGUUUUAUGUACGAUGUGCUGAAAUAAGAGAUAUCCAUGUUGAUGGCUUGGAAGGUGGUGGUUUGGUG